AUGGCGAACAAAUCACAAACAAGUGCAAGUUGCGAAUCGACUUGCUCAGGGGAUGAACGUUGUGCUUCCUGUGAAUUUACAGAGAAUGGCUGCAAAAUGACGGCCGUUGACUACAUGAAUGAAAAUCAUGCGGGAAAACCACUUGCGGAGGCUUUGGAAAGCUGCUUUGCAAGUGGGGGCUCCAAAUAUUGUGGGCUUUGCCCCAACGAUAGAAGCUGUGUUGGUUCAAGAGCUAGCGGCCCACCUCGGACUCGGAGGAACCUGAAAUCAAACGAUUCAAGCAUCAAGUGCCCCUCUGGUCUUACCGCCUGCCCUCUUUCUUCUAGGCCCUCGUUCAAAACCACGGCCAGAUUUGAAUGCCUCGACAUCAAACAAGACACUAACUCGUGUGGAGGAUGCGUAAGCGCAGGCAGUGGAGUCGAUUGUUCAACACUUGAAGGGGUCUCCUCCUCUGGUUGCUCCGAUGGAAAGUGCAAAAUACUUUCCUGUAAGAGUGAAUAUGAAUACUCUGAAGCCGGUUAUGAGUGUCUCAAAAUCCUUUAA